UAAACAUCGAUUAUUUUAAAAGGCAUCAAAACAUGAAACUGUUCUGACCACCUCCUGGGGUUUUAGGUAACUACCUUUAGCUGUUUCUACAAGAAAGAAAACGGAAUGAAAAGCAGUCAUUAUUAGGCCUGUCAAAAAUGGAUGCAGACCUGGCUCUUGCAUUAAAACUCCAAGAGGAGUUUGACAGAGCAGAGAAUGUGGCCUGUGUUGAAAGUGGUCCCCUCUCCUCCACCCCCGGGGCUCCGCUGUCACUUGCCGAUGAGAGCUGGGAGGUGAUGGACCCGAACCCAGACAUCAGGGCUCUUUUCCUACAGUACAAUGACCGCUUCUUCUGGGGCAGGCUGGCAGGAAUCGAGGUCAAAUGGAGUCCUAGGAUGACACUAUGUGCGGGACUUUGUGUGUAUGAGGGGCGUGGAGGGCUUUGCUCAGUACGACUCAGUUUACCACUGUUAAAGCUGAGACCACGGAGAGACCUGGUACAAACACUGCUGCAUGAAAUGAUCCAUGCAUACCUUUUUGUCACAGACAAUAAUAAAGAUCAUGAUGGACAUGGGCCAGAAUUCCAUAAACACAUGUACCGCAUAAACAAAGAGGCAGGAGUCAAUAUAACUGUAUACCACACAUUCCAUGAUGAAGUCGCCGAAUACAGACAGCACUGGUGGAGAUGCAAUGGACCGUGUCAGAGUCGGAAACCGUACUUUGGUUAUGUGAAGCGAGCCAUGAAUCGAGCCCCAGGACCCCGCGACCCCUGGUUCAGAGAUCAUCAAAACUCAUGUAAUGGAACCUUCAUCAAAGUAAAGGAACCCGAGAACUAUGGGAAGAAAAAGAAAAAAGGGGAAGGAAAAUCAGAAAAAACAGAUUCUAAAGCAGUUGAAAAGAAAAGUCCAAAUAAGGACAUCAGAACAUUCUUUGGAAAAGGACAUGUACUUUCAAGUAGAUCUCCAACGAAAGCCAGCCCACAAAAGGAAGUGACAAAAAAGCCUGAAGUAAAAGGUCUACCCAAAUUUUAUGACACAGACUCAGAUGAUGAACUAGAUCUAUUGGCAGUUCAUCCACAAAAGAAUCCUGCGAAAACAAAGAACAUUGAUUAUGAUACAAGUUGCGAUGAGAAAGAUCUUCCAGAGGCAAUCUUGAAAGAUUUACUUUCAGAUUCUGAGGAUGAACUGCUGUGUGAUGCUCUAGAUUCACAAGAAAAGCUUUCCUCACCAAGCCCUUCAAAGACCACAAAUAACGAUUUUAAUGUGUAUAACAGAUCCAUGGAUUGUGUUAUGGUAGACAAAGUUCCAGUUGCACACAAACCCCCUUCAUCUAGUGGUUGCCAGAGUUCACCACUUCUAAGCCAAGGCAGUCCAACUAAACAGAACAGAAGUGCCAUAAAAUACGGGGAACUCAUCAUACUAGGAUAUAAUGGCCAUCUUCCGAGUGGGGAUAAAGGAAGGAAGAAAAGUAAAUUUAUCUUGGGGAAAAAGCCGUCCGGAAAUGGGGUCAAACCAUUCAGAAAACAUGUCGUAAAAAAUGCACAAGCUGCAAAGGCCCUACAAGACCCCCAGUCCCACUCUGUGACCUACACAUUGUCCCGCCACCAGGCCGUGGUGGUCGAGUAUAAACAAGAUGAAGACACAGACAUGUUUCAGAUUGGAAGGUCAUCAGAGCCCCCCAUUGAUUUUGUUGUCAUGGAUACUAUCCCAGGGAACCUGCGAAGCAUGAAUGAAGGAAUAACACAGAGUACGAUAUCCCGGUUUGCCUGUCGGAUCCUGGUGGACAGAAAUCCUCCCUACACUGCUAGGAUUUAUGCUGCAGGGUUUGACUCCGGGAAAAAUAUCUUUCUUGGGGAAAAGGCAGUAAAGUGGUAUGUGGGGGAGGAAAUAGAUGGACUGACUACAAAUGGUGUGUUUAUCAUGAAGCCUCAGGAAGGAUUUUAUCCUCCAGGGAAACCUGGAGUAUGGAGAGAAGUGUCAGUAGGGGGCGCCAUAUAUCCUCUCCGCGAGUCCAGAUCGGCACCCCUCAAAACUAACCAGAUUAAAGAUGAAGAUAAUGUGUUGCAAGAUGGAACAUUGAUAGAUUUGUGUGGUGCUACUUUGCUAUGGAGGUCUGCUUUAGGACUGAUUUCUUCGCCGAGUGAACAUGAAUUUGAGAAUCUGGUGGAAACCAUUAACGCUGGUCGCCCCCAGUGUCCGGUGGGACUAAACACCCUAGUGCUACCCAAAAAAGGCACCCUGGGUCUGUCUGACCGGCAGCCGUAUGUGUACCUACAGUGUGGUCAUGUCCAUGGACAGCAUCAGUGGGGGCAGAAGGACGAUAAGACCGCGCGCACUUGUCCGCUGUGUCUGAAGGAUGGAACAUUCAUCAAAUUGAAGAUGGGAUGUGAGCUGAGUUUCUAUGCGGACUCAGAUCCUCCCACUCACUGCUUCAAUCCCUGCGGACACAUGGCCUCGGAGAAAACCGUCAGGUACUGGUCUGAACUUCCUGUUCCACAUGGUUGUCAAGGUUUCCAAGCCAUCUGUCCAUUUUGUGCCACGCCUCUUUGUGCAGAGACCGGGUUUAUUAAGUUGAUUUUUCAAGACAACACAGACUGAAUCUUUUGUGAUAUCUGAUAACUGCUUAUUUUUGCUAAUCAAGAUGAGAAAUAUAAAACCACCAAGGAAAAGAAAGUCUCAACCAGAAAAAAAAGAUAAAACCCAGUAUUCAUUUUAUUUGUGUAAGCAUGGUACAAUGUAUUUAGAAGACAAGUUGUAAAUUUAUUUUAGUUACUAAAUUAUAGAAACGAAUUGUCAAAGCAUACACUUGAAUUUAUAACAUUUGCCUUCUAAAUAUUAUGUUCAGAUAAAUGUUAUAAUUGUUGUUCAAUGAAAUCAUGUAAAUUUGGGGGCAUUUUAAGGGUACAGUGUGUCUGCCAAAGGCAACUGACUGUACCUGUAUUUAUUUAUUUUUCUGCUGUCAUUGUUUCUUUUCAACGUAUAAUUAAUUUUCGUGGGUUGAACAUUUCAAACCAUGCAGCAUUUCGGGAACAACUACAGUCAUUCCAAUUCUUGCUGUUUGCCAGGGGAAAUAUUUCAACAGGUAGCUUUGUUUCUUGUUAAAUGAAAAUUGGAGUAAAAAAAUACAAUUUAUCAACUGUUUUUAGCGGAGAUUUAUAUUGUGGCCCCAGAAGUUCUAGUCGCAAAGUGCUGCUUGAUGUUUUGGUUUUCUGCUUCUGUUAUGCUAGAUUUUUUAAAAAUGGAACAAUUUGGGCCAGAAUAUGAACCUAUUGCUAUGAAUUAAAUUUAUACAUGCAUUGAUCAAGCCAUACAUUUUAUAACAUAUCACAACUAUAUACAUGUUCAUUUCUUGUGCUACCAUUUACCUGAUCUUGUUAUACUGUCUAGGUGCUCCGAUUAUUUGGGUCCUUUUGUCUCUUCCGAUCCUAAAUCUUGCUUUGAGUGCUUUAUUGAGAAUGGGAUGGGCCUUUGCUUAUACUGUAGAACAUCUUUACAAUUUCUGUAUUUAUUGGGGCAUUAGGCAAUAAGUACCUGUAUCUGUAGUAAUGUAUCUAAUUUUCUUGCCUUUCACGUUUUAGUAUUUUUCAAUAUUGAUUAUUCUUGUCACAAGCACCAAUUUUGAGGUACACAUGUACUUAAAGGGCCUUAAGUACAUGUCACAUGGCAUUUUUCUUGUUAAUACUUGUAUGUAGAAUUCUAAUGUGUUGUUUGUAGAUAGAGAAGAAUGUACUGUAUUCGUAGAUUUAGGUACAAUAGUCGAGAUUUCAUCCUUUGUUAUUAACAUAGAAUGAAUCAGCCAUAUUUACCAGAACAUUUACGUGUAUGGUACACUUUAUACCUCAUUGUAGAUUGUUUUACAACAGGGUAUUUCGUUUUCUUGGAAAAAAAUAAGUUUAUACGAAAUUUCUUUUAAAAAAUACUUGGUUAUUCCUAUAUUAAAAGGGUGAAGGGAGUAGUGGUUACUGUUGGGAUAAUAAAAUGAGAUAUUCUCCCUCACAACAUUUAAGGAUGUAUGUACAAGUAUUUCAUAAUGAUACAAAACUACCUUUUUUGUACCUCAAAAUUUAUUGAAGAACACAAUAUAUUUUAUUUAUAUUUGCACCAAGCUCUAUAGUGAUUUAUUGUAAAAACCACCACUAA